AUGUCCCAGUGCAAUCCCUUAUCCCAUGGGAUAUGGAAAGAGCUUGGCAAACUUGCAGAGUUGAACCAAAGGGGUCUGAUUCUUGACCGUCACUUCGAGACAAUCAAAGCACACGUGAAGGCGGGCUUCUCCGUUGCGAAGGAGCGAUGGGACGCCAUCGAGAGCGCGUGGGGGCUGAAGCAGAACGGUGUCUUCGACGAAGAAGAGUGGGUCACGCAGAUUGACGGCGAAACGCAGGGUACCGCGAGGAGAAAAACCAUAGAUCGCGGGAAGCAAGCUAGGGAGAGAGCUGCCAAAGGCACUCUCGGCGGCAACAUCUGCAACGCGUUCGCGAUUGGCAGCGGAGGACCGCACAGCAGUGCAAACAUGUCCAACGGCGUGCGGCUGCGGCGCAUGUUACGGAAGGAUGUCGGAGGGAGUGUCCUGCCGUGGGAAGCAGCCGGGCCUGGGCGUUGUUGGCACGUGAAGUUCGAUCAUGCGACGGGGACGGCUUCGUUUGUCCUCCAGCGGAAGCGCUUUCUCGAUCUCGACUUAGAUAGCAACGGCUUUAUGGACCGCAAACCCAAGGAUACUCGUGGGGCUUCCAAGCGCAGGCGAUACGACUUCAUGUUCAAAGCCCACGCGGAAUUGGUCGCGGCGGCAGCCGAUGACGUAAAGAAGAGCCUCCUCGCCAAACAGCAGAUGAAGCGGUGGUUUCCUGAGGCAGAGAAGCGACUGUUCAAGGGGUUCGUGGAGCGGCGGAACAGAAAGCUGAAGGUGUCGACCCUGUGGCUGACGAUCACGUUCCGGAAGCUCGUGCGAGAGAUGUACCCCGGGGAUCAACGAGCGGCGUCCUUCCGCGCAUCCUUCAGGUGGGCGCGAAAAUGGGCCAAGAGGCAUAACCUGUCCAAAAGACGCCGGUCCGACGUGUCGGCAGUCACGACGGUCGCGGAGAGAGAGUCCAGGGUUCCCAGAUACGGUCAAUUCCAGCUCUGGGAGCGUUGGAAUGUGGAUCAAGUGUCUUUGGCAUUCGUGAACGGGCUGCUCGACACGUGGGACAAGAGAGGUGCAUUGCGGGUAGCAAUCUCGCAGCCCUUAGUUGGCUUAGAGAAAAGGCAGUGCACGAUGCAAGUCAUCUUUGGUCCGGGUGAGAAGACCAUGCGCAUUUCGGUGAUUUUCCGAGGCACGGGAAAGCGGAUCUCGCCGGUGGAGAAGGCAGCGUAUCACGAGGACGUGGACGUGUUUUUCCAGGAGAACGCGUGGGCCGACCAAAAGUUCUGCAUGGAGUGGGCGAAGAGGUCCUACCGCGAAGGCCUGAUGCGCGGGCGGGGUGAGCUCCCCAAGGCGAGGUCCAUUCUUAUCAUGGACAACUUGCACGCGCAGACCACGGACGAGUUCAAGGAGUAUCUUGCGAAGCACUGCAACACUCUCGCCUGGUAUGGCCCUUCGGAGUGCACGGACGAGGUGCAGCCAGUUGAUGCAGGAGCCGGACGAUUUCUCAAGGUGGAAGUCGGGAGGCAGAUGGACAUAUGGCUCGAGCAGUCGGACAACCUCGAGAGGUGGGAAACCGCGUCGCUGACAGCUUCUGAUCGGCGCGUCCUGAUCACUCAGUGGAUGGGAGCGGCCAUGGCAAGACUCAACAGCCAACAGGCGUACCGAUACCGUCUUUUCGAAAAGUGCGGGAUGGCCAUGACCGUGGACGGCUCGGGCGAUGAUCGAAUCACCUUGGAGGGUUUGGACAAGCCGUAUACCUUCGCUAACGAUGAAGACAGUAGCGACGACGAACAAGGUUCGGAGAACGGCAACGAUGAGCCUGAGGGGCGGGCGGAGGAGGGCGAUGGAGGACGUGAGACGCUCAUGGAGGGCGUUGACUCCAGCGAUGAAGACGACGGCGACAUCUCUCAACCCCAGACCGACGAGCUAGCUCCUCUGGACGACGACGACAGCAUGGACCCACAAGACCUGGAGGAUGAGAUAAAGGGAAUGGAGAUCCCGGCAGGCUUUCGUAUUCAAGAAGCUAAACCCGUUGCUCUUUACAGAUUGCUUUUGCGGCGUGGAGUGCUCGCUAGGCUGGGCAUGGGGUGGUUUGGAGGGCUGAUCACUCAACAAUCUCAGAAGGACACUCGCCACCUGUACGACUACUGUGUGCAGCUGGAGCUCGACCAGAGUACGCACAAGAUGAAGUUGCCCUUAGACAAGUACAGCGGAGAUUCGGAUGCGGCUGUAGGCUCGUGGGUUUUGCUUGAGAGCAUUAGUAGAUCAGGAAGGGUACGCAGGACUAACGUCACCCUUGUGGACCAAGAAGGUUGACAGUUGCUGCUCCAUGCCUUGGUAUUUUUCAUUAUCGACAGCAGUACUAUUAAUAGUGUUGCUCAUGGUUGACAGCCGACAAUACAGCAAAUGAUGUUAAAAUACUGUAAGAACACGAACGCCCCUUUCUGUAGAAGAAUGGACGACGAAAUACGAACUUGGCAAAUAAGAACUUGUGCUCGGGUUGGGGCAGCCAAUAAGAACUGAGCCUCACC